CUCGGAUGAGAAAAUCAGAGUUGUGAUUAGGUUUUUGAUCCAUCAAUCUCUGGAAAUAUGCUCUCAGAUUCAGGAGAGAUGCCUGCUGAUGGCGAUAAACACUCCGCAGAGAACAGCAAGAAACGGAAGCUUAAGACUCCUAUCCAAGUUAUGGCGCUUGAGAAUUUCUACAAUGAGCAUAAGUACCCGACCGAAGAAAUGAAGGCUAAGAUAGCAGAGGAAAUAGGCUUAACCGAGAAGCAAGUUUCAGGCUGGUUCUGCCAUAGAAGGUUAAAGGACAAACGUUCUGUUAAAGAAGAUGGGAACAACAUAGGAAGUCAAGAUCGGUCAAGCGUUGUUCUUCAAGAUCGUGGGAGUGUACUUAGACAGGAUUCAUGUGGUAGCACUAAGCAAACUGAUUAUUGGAACCCUAAGCCAAGGGAAGUUGAAAGUCCAAGGCUUUAUGGGGGCUCUUACACCGGUAAUGAUGAUGAUGAUGAUGAUGAUGGUGAAGAUAGCACAUCUUCGGAACGUAGGUCAUCGUUACAUAAGAAUCUUGUCUCUAGCAAAGAUGGUAUGGAAAGUUCUAGAUAUGUUGCACAUAAUGAGCAUCCUCAGGCUAUGAGGAGUUAUGGGUUUAGUAAGCCUUCGGGAUACUUGAAAGUGAAGGGAGAUAGUACUGAGAAUGUUGCUAUCACUGCCGUCAAGAGACAAUUAGGAAGACAAUAUAGGGAGGAUGGUCCACCUCUUGGGGUUGUGUUUGAUCCUCUUCCUCCUGGUGCAUUUGAGCCUCAGACUAAUGUUAUAGUUCAAGAGCCAGUCUAUGUUGGGAAUCAAAGACGGUCUCACCCUCCAUACUUCACUGGAACUAGGAAGAGCUUUAUUCCUGGUCCUAGCUAUGAACUAGCUCGUAAAUCGAAGUUGGAUUCAUCAGAGGAUGAGGAUGAUGAUGAUGAAGAUGAUGAUGACAUGAUGGGUGGAAUGGAGCCUGGUCUAGGAGAUAAGCAGAGUCUUCGGGAACCAAGACUUAAAUCUCCUUCUCUCAGUUACUCUAAUACAGCCCCUGACCACAGUUCGUUGAGAGGGCCAUUCAAAAGUCCACCUCAAGGAAUCCCUCUAAACAACAACAAGAAGAGUCAUAUAAGCUCCAAAGGUCGUGCUGAAGGUUCGAGAAACAAUCAGAUUGCCAACUUCCAUAAUCUCCCUGGAAGCAAUCAGAGUCAUGAUUAUGAUAGAAGUGUAUUUAAUGGUGGACGCAAGACCGGAUAUCUCACUAAAUCUUCAAACAUGUUGCCUCUGAGUAGCAGCCGAUCCUCUGAUUCAAUGGAGAGAGGUCCUCCAUCUUCUGGAAUGGUGGGAAAGUAUCAUGGAGAGAAGAUGAAUCAUAUGAAAAUGCAUAGAGAAAAGUUGCAUUCGACCAGUGUUCUACCUGAUACCAAACGAUUGAAACAAGGCUAUCCUCAGCAAGUUUAUGCUCCAAAAUCAACAGACAGCGAGGCUUUUGAAAGAAAAGACCAGAUAAUCCGGUCUGGUGUGGAGUUGCCUUCUAGUUUCAAUGGAGACGAGACGGAAGAAUCUAGCUCUUCUAUGGAUUAAGUUUAAGAGGUACAAAAGGAAGAUUAGGAAAUUUUCGGUUUGUUUAUACCGUUUAGGAUGUGAAUACGGUUUACAUGGUUUAAUAGGUAAGUAAAAAUGUUAGAGCUUUUUCUACAUUUUGGUAUUCACGAUAUGUUAUCAAAUUUGAUACGAUGAAAGGAGUGAGUUAUUAACUAUAUUGUAUGUAAUAGCCUCUAAGCAUGGGCAAUAUAUCAGAGAAUCCGAUCUGAACGAGUAAUCUAAUUUCC